UCUGGGAGGGUGGCUGAAAACUGAAGAAGCCAUGGAGAGGGACGGUGCUGCCUUCGUGCCCACAGCAGACCCCACGCAGCACUUCCACGCGGCCCUGCUGGAGCAGCGGCAGAGCGGCGCCGUCAGCAUCACUUCCGACCUCUCCUUGGUGCUCUGCAAUUCCCGGGAGGUGAGGAAGGUGCAGGAAAUUGCGGUGACUUGUCGGAAACAGAUGAGGGAAAUACUGGGCUGCCUGGAGUUCCUUCGCCGGGGGCAGGGCCCGGGCGACCCGGCGCUGCGGCAGUCGGAGAAGAGGGCGUCCAUCUCGCUCUACAACUCCGUCUGCUUCAUGGUCCUCUGCGGCUCCCACAGCUUCCUCGUGCCAGAAUGCACAAAGGAGGCCACCAAAGUAAGCCAGGCUGUGCUCAAGGCCAAAAUUCAGAAGCUGGCUGACAACCUCGAGACCUGCACCAGGGCAAUGGAUGAAGUCUGUGAUCUUCUGGAGUCCAGAACAGAGCUUUCCCCACGCACGAGGAGACUCAGCUUGGGUGCUAAAACCACUGCCGAGAUCCCGAGACCCUGCAGCUGAAGCAGUGUUUGGCCCAUAUAAAAACUGGGUUUGAAGACAUUGCAUUAUUUACUGUGACCAUUAUCACUGCUACCUGUUGUUUUACAGUUCACAGUGCUGGUGCUGUGAGGUGGACGUUCUGCAGACCCCUUUUUCCCCAGCCAUUUCCACUGCUCUGCUUCCUCAAGUAAGCAAAAAGAAGUAGGUCAGGAGGCAGAUGAAAUACCUGAUGCUGACUGAACCUGGUUAGUAAACAACUUAUGAAUCUGUGUGUGGUACAAGGGCUGGAGUACCCUAAAAAAGCCAGCAGCUGCCAAUUUCCAGUAGAGUACAAUCCCAUUACUAAGGUACAUCUGGAAAGGCUGUAGAAAGAAGCAGCUCCAGAUAUGACAAACUGUAUGGAUAGUUCACCAUCCCAGGGUGAAAUAGCAGGGCCAGAAUUUAUCUGUUUUGGAGAAACCUCUCCAGACUGAGAACUGUGAUGUUUGUAUUCUAUUUAUUUGCAUAGAAUGAUUUUAAGCUUAUGAUAUUGUAUUUAAGAGUGUGUAUAUAUAUAUAUAUUUUAAGGUUUGUUUUUUUUUUUAAGGAGGCCUCUGUUCCAAAGGAAGACUGUUGUUUUUUAGAGUAAAAGCAAGUCUUUAGCACGUGAGAGCAAGUUACCUGUUAUUUAGCUGUGAGGGAGGGCAAGUCCCUGUAGGAAAAGGAAAGCAUUACCUGAAUGCUGAUAGUAAUAAAAUAGGUGAAAUACAGUUCAGACAUUGACAAUAGAUUUUAGGAGCCAAAACAGAGAGAAGAAGAGUGGCCCUGGGACUAGAGUCUGCCUCAGGGCACUGGUGGAAGGACACAGUUAUAUCUCCUGCAGCAGGAAGAGAAGGGUAGGUUGGUGCUACGUGAUGGGAGCACACCUGAGAGGUGGAAGUGCCACUCUUCAUGCAGUCGAGCAGCCUGUGAGACCCACAGUGGAUCAUCUGUGAGGGGGGAGGCAGCACUCAUGGAGAGCUACACGUGCUCCUAGCAAUGCUUCUCACGGAAGGCUUCAUAUCAGUGAAAUACAUGCAGGUACUAAUGUUCAGGAGGGGUAGAGAGGAGUAGGGUGAUUCAGUGGCAGAGCCCCUGCAAAGCAGGAGCAAGGGCUGGGACCCUGUUUCAAGUGACUGUUCUGCUAAAUAUGCCCUUUGUGAUUUUGAGCCGUCAGUACCUCAGUUCCCUGUCUCAAAAGAGGGAUAGUAGCACUUCCCUACCUCACCAGGAUGUGUCUGGCAUCACACCUCUGAGAAGUGCCCGAGUGGGGUGAUGAUGGGGAUCACGUCUGUACCUGAGAGAGGUACAAGAAGAGACCCUGAAACUAGCUUGAGGCGACUCAGAGAGUUAAUGCAAAGGUAAUUCCCUCCACAAGCAUGCCCCAGUGGAUAAGGGAAACUUCCCUGAGCAGACACAAAUCCAAAUGAUCAGAAAAACCCACUCUGUAAUUCUGUAACACUGACCAAAUCCUUAGGGAGGACAGCACUCUGGGUCACAAAGCUUGAAUCCCUGUCCUUCUUGUCUCUUUUCAUUAUAUCAACUUUUGUUUUAAUAUGUUGUAGGAGGAAUAAAAGCUCUGGUUCCCCAGAGUGGGACUCAGAUGCUUUUGAUACCCAUGCCAGUUUGCCAGAAAUGAACAAGUAGA